AUUUCAGGUUUGUUUUAGUGUUUUUUUUCCUGGGCUUCCUACAUUUGUGCUUCAUUCUUUUGCUGGUUGGAAGUCAGCAUGACUUUUGGAUGUGUUCUGUUAUGUUUUUAAAGCUGUGGGCUGGCAGCAAGCAGGGAGAGAUGCCGGCAAGAAGCUGGGCUUUGGCUGCUUCCCUCUCGAGGGGGCAGCGAGGGAGCAGCUACCGCCACGCCACAGGGGGGCGCUGCCGGAGGUUGCGCCGCUCCAUGAAGUUUGUCCCUCGGCGGCGCUGGUUGUUCCUCCAGCAGUACCACCACUACCAGUCCCACGUGGAGAUUUUCAGCUUCCAGCCGGACAAGCCCAGCAAGGAGCUGGCUGACCUGGUGAUGUUCCUGGCGCAGGUCGCCCACUGCUACCCGGAACACAUGGCCAGCUUUCCCCAGCAGCUGAAGGAGUUUCUCUCCUACCACCACACGGUCCUGGACACAGACCUGCGCAUGACCUUCUGCAAAGCUUUGAUCCUGCUAAGAAACAAGAAUCUAAUAACCCCAACGAGUUUGCUGGAGCUCUUCUUCCAGCUGCUGCGGUGCCACGAUAAGCUGCUUCGGAAGACUUUGUACACUCACAUUGUGUCUGACAUCAAGAAUAUCAAUGCCAAACACAAAAACAACAAAGUGAACACAACACUGCAGAACUUCAUGUAUACUAUGCUGAGGGACAGCAACCCCACUGCUGCCAAGAUCUCGCUGGAUGUGAUGAUUGAACUUUACAGGAGGAACAUUUGGAAUGAUGCCAAAACAGUGAAUGUCAUCACCACUGCCUGCUUCUCCAAAGUGACAAAGAUACUAGUUGCUGCUUUGAAGUUCUUUCUUGGGAAAGAUGAAGAUGAGAAACAAGACAGUGACUCAGAAUCUGAGGAUGAUGUUCCCACUGCCAGAGACCUGCUGGUGCGCUACGGAACCAACAAGAAAACCACCAAGCGCAAGAAGAAGCUGGAAAAGGCCAUGAAGGUCCUCAAGAAACAGAAGAAGAAACACAAGCCAGAGGUGUUCAACUUCUCUGCAAUUCAUCUGAUCCAUGAUCCCCAAGACUUUGCAGAGAAACUGCUGAAGCAGCUGGAGAGCUGUAAAGAACGGUUUGAAGUGAAGAUGAUGCUCAUGGACCUAAUAUCAAGGCUGGUUGGAAUACAUGAGCUUUUUCUCUUUAAUUUCUACCCCUUUGUUCAGAGGUUCUUACAGCCCCAUCAGAGAGAAGUGACAAAGAUUCUUCUGUUUGCUGCCCAGGCUUCACAUCAGCUUGUCCCACCCGAGAUCAUCCAGUCAGUGUUAAUGACCAUUGCCAACAACUUUGUCACUGACAAGAAUUCUGGGGAGGUCAUGACUGUAGGAAUCAAUGCAAUAAAAGAAAUCACUGCGAGGUGUCCAUUAGCCAUGACUGAAGAUCUGCUCCAAGACCUCGUUCAGUACAAGACUCAUAAAAAUAAAAAUGUGAUGAUGUCUGCCAGGACCCUCAUACACCUCUUCCGUUCUCUGAACCCAGAGAUGCUGCAGAAGAAAUUCAGGGGCAAGCCCACUGAGGCCUCCUUGGAAGCCAGGAUUCAUGAAUAUGGAGAACUGGAUGCCAAAGAUUACAUUCCAGGAGCAGAAGUACUGGAUGUGGAGAGUCCAAAGGAAAAGGGAGGAAGCCAAGAGGAAGAUGGAUGGGAAAGUGCUAGUCUGUGUGAGGAGGAUGAAGAAGAUGGAGAGUGGAUUGAUGUGCCUCACUCCUCAGAUGAGGAGCAGCAGGAAGUAGCAGAGAAGGUGAAGAGCAUGCCCAUAGAGGAGAGGAAAGCCAAAGCUGCAGCAGUCAGCACAAGCAGGCUGCUCACUCAAGAGGACUUCCACAAAAUACGCCUUGCCCAGCUUUCCAAAGAGGUCAACGCUGCGCCCGGCAAGUCUGCAAAGAGGAAAACUAUUGACAUAGAUGAUGAAGAGGAGGAGGGCAGGGGAGAGCUGCUUUCGCUUAGAGAUAUUGAACACCUGCACAAGAAGCCUAAAUCAGACAAGGAGACCAGACUGGCAACUGCAAUGGCUGGAAAGACAGACAGGAAGGAAUUUGUGAAAAAGAAGACAAGAAUUAACCCUUUUGCCAGCUCUUCCAACAAAGAGAAGAAGAAGAACAAGAACUUCAUGAUGAUGAGAUACAGCCAGAGCGUCAGGACGAAAACUAAACGUUCCUUCAGGGAGAAACAGCUGGCUCUUCGAGAUGCACUUCUGAAAAAGAGGAAAAGCCUGCUGAAGUAACAGUGCCGGAGGGGAGUGCUGCUUCGCCCUGCAAGGAACAGCCCUCCAAACACUUAUUUCCUCCCCAAAGGAAAAAGGGACUGAAAUGCCUUAUGGAUUUGUCUCAGUUCUGUUCAGAACUACACACUGACUCCUACCAAGCCGUUGGCCAGACAAGAAGCCUUAAUCCUUACAGGACUUAUUAAAGCAUUCUGAGGGCAUAGGGAAUUUAUCUUUUAUUCCAAAGCCAGCUGGAAGUUAUAUUUAUCUGUAACUAUUAAAACAUACAAUCUGUUGUGGAAAAAAAAAAUCAUAGCUUAGAGUAUUUAAUUGGAGAGGAUGUUCUGGUUCAGUCUAUAAAGUGUGUUCAUAGUGUUUGUGGCUCUUAUGGAUGUGAUUUUAGAGACUAAGCUGUUUCUAAAAGCAGAUUAAUAAUAAAAGCCACAUUCUUGUACUACAGGUAAGGUUAAGUGAACAGUUCAGGGGCAGAACAGUUUCAUUAUGGUUUAUAAAGAAUGAAACUGGUGUGUAAGAGAGAACUCUACAAUUACCUGAAGGGAGGCUGUGGCCAGGAGGGGGUUGUUCUGUUCUCCCACGCAACCAGCAACAGAAGGGGACACAGUCUCAAGUUGUGCUGGGGGAGGUCUAGGCUGGAUGUUAGGAGGAAGUUGUCGGCAGAGAGAGUGAUUGGCAUUGGAAUGGACUGCCCAGGGAGGUGGUGGAGGCACCGUCCCUGGAGAUCUUCAAGAAAAGCCUGGCUGAGGCACUUGGUGGCAUGGUCUGGUUGAUUGGCCAGGGCUGGGUGCUAGGUUGGGCUGGAUGAGCUUGGAGGUCUCUUCCAACCUGGUUGAUUCUAUGAUUCUGAUGUUGCUAUUCUGUUGUUGAUUCUGGGGUGGCAUUUGCUGGUGCACAGAAACUGACUUCUUAUGAGGAUGAAAUGGAGAUGUA